AACGAGCUUCGGAUUUCAAUUCUAAUGAGAAAUGCUUCGUUGAGGUUCUUAUUUGCGGUUUACUUUCUAUUCACACUUUAAAUUGGGCAUUAAUUGAAUCUACCCCACAAUGGCAGCAAAGAGGGUAGUCGUUGCCGGCGGAAACGGUUUCUUGGGAUCAAGAAUCUGCAAGUCUGCCGUCGCUCGAGGAUGGUCCGUUACAUCGCUAAGUCGCUCCGGAGAACCGCGGUGGGAUACCGUCACCAGCUCCCCCAGUCGUCCUAGCUGGGCCAGUUCUGUAGAAUGGGUCAAAGCCGAUAUUUUGAAGCCGGAAACCUACAAGCCGUUUCUGAACGGUGCGACGGCCGUCGUUCACAGCAUGGGGAUCCUCCUCGAGGCGGACUACAAGGGGGUAGUGCAAGGUCGAGAACCGAUUCUUAGCGGAUUGCAAAAGGCGUUUAGUGGGCCGAAGCUGGGGAGUCAGAAUCUGUUGCAGAGGCGAGAGGGAGAGCCGCUGGAGGUGAAGGAGCGGAAUGGACAGUUUACAUAUGAGUUGAUGAAUAGGGAUUCUGCGAUUGCGUUGGCGCAAGAGACCCUGAACGAACAUGUCCCGACUUUUCUCUACAUUUCUGCGGCGUCGGGUGCGCCGGUUCUCCCGAGUCGAUAUAUUACAACCAAGAGAGAGGCAGAGUCGAUCAUUGCGGCGAAGCUGCCGGAGUUGCGCAGUGUAUUUGUUCGAGCUCCGUUUAUGUACGAUGAAAGCAGAAAGUUCACUCUUCCGAUUGCUCUGGGUGGCUUCGUUGGGUCCCAGGUCAAUGCGCUUUUGGGCAACAGGCUGGAUUUUCUUGGAUCGAUGGUGACCAAGCCUUUCCAGGUGGGUGAUGUCGGUGAGGCUGUGGUGGAGGCCCUGGAUGAUGAAUCUGUCCGGGGAGCCCUGGGAGUAGCUAAGAUAGAAGCUCUAGCUACGAAGGCCUGGAGAAAGAGCAUGCUAUAGGGAGGACAGGAAAGGAAAAGCACAUGAAAUUGACUGUCAAGUGGCUAACAGUUUGGACUGAAGCUCCUGGCGCCUUAGCGGGAAGUUUCAAUCAAGACAGGCAAAAGAUAUUUUCUUGCGUUAACCAGAGCAAGAAAGACAUGCGAGGCUAAGCCAGAAUUUGGGACCAGGCAUUGUCUCGGGUUGAGAUAUCCGAGUCAGCGAAGUGCCUUUGUGACUGGGCAAUCGCGAACCACCCUGGGUCUCUGUUUCUGGAAGUUGUACAUUAUAUCAUGUAUCAUAACGAGGCUAUAACAAAACACCCCUAAUCAAGCUCC